AUGCGCGAAGAGUGUCUUGGCUAUCGAGAUGAAUGGGCCCUCGUCUUUCGUGAUCAGACCGACCAUACGAUCAAGCGUUCCAAGAAAAUAGAAACCGAGAGUGCCACUGAUAAAUUGCCGUCACCCGCCCGCAGGCUGAACCCCAGCGCAGACGAGAUAGGCGUCAACUAUUUUUUCCGCAACUUUGUUGUUGACCAGACCUCUUCACGUGGGUGUCUAAACUACAUUCCAUCUGUUUUUCGCGACGAUGGCGGGCACCCGACUCUGGUGGCCAGUAUGGCGGCCGUAGGCCUCGUAGCGUUGGCCAAUUCGACUCAACAGUCCGAGCUGGCGAGUAUUGCGCGAGCCAAAUAUACGGAGGCAAUCCACAAUGUGAACACCGCGUUGGCAUCGCCUAUCGACUCUCUCAAGGAUAGCACCUUAAUGUCGGUGAUCUCGUUGGGGGUUUUUGAGCAUGUUUCUGAGCACAAAUCGUGGAUUCGACAUGUGCAUGGCGCGGCAGCGUUGGUGCUUGCCCGGGGCAAAGGCCAGUUCACUAGCCCAGCCUCAAUCCUGAUGUUCAAUCAAGUGCGCGCUGAUCUGGUACUUGCCUGUGUCCACGGGGAGAAACCGUUUCCGAAGGACAUGAUUGAGCUGCAAGAAGAGGCAGCCAAGCACACGGACGCCUCUAGUGCAUUUUGGCUCCUGGGGGUGUUGGGCACCCGGUGCGCAAAUCUUCUGAUGGGCGUCAGGGAGAAUAAGACGGUUUCUUUUUGGCCUGAAUACUUGAACGAAGCGACCAUCAUUGAGUCUGACCUCCAAUACUCCGUUGAGCUCUUGGCAAUACAAGAACCAUAUACAACCACCCAUGAUUCUGGUGGGGCAUCAAGAAUGAUUUAUAAUGGUCGAAUUGAUCUUUAUAAAGACUCUUGGGCAAUUCGGGUCUGGAACAACUUGAGAAAUCUUUACAUGAUUGUCUGCGAGAUUCGAUUAUACCUCUUGAAAAAGAUUCUCGUCACGGAUCCUACACUUACCCUAGCCUUCCAGGAGUCUUUGAAGCUGAAGCUCCAAAUAACAAAACAAACCCUGUCAAAGCUGGGGGACGAUAUACUGGCCACUAUUCCACAAGCAUUGGGAUUCCUGUCCUCGGUGUCUGAACUCUGCCCCUCUGUCGAUCUCUCUUUUCAAGGCAGCGUGUCGGGCGGGUAUAUCUUGACCUGGUGUCUAUACAUGGUAGGAAAAUGCCCGGCCACAAAGGGUGAAACCCGAAAGUGGGUCAUCCAACGUCUCCAAGAUUUUGGUUGGAAUAUGGGCAUAUCAAUUGCGCUGCGCCUAGUCGAGGAUAUAGUUAAGAUCGACCAGCUUGCGAGCUGA